UGCAUUAACAGCCAAAGAGCUCCUGUGACGAAUGCCGCCGGAACUAUUCUGUCAGCACUGUCAUACGUUUCGAAAUUCCUUCACAUCGGCAUGGAAGUCCAAAACACCUUGUUAGGACUCAGGAGAUUUCUGUAGAAUAUAAAAACCGAGCAUCUUCACAGAUCAGACAACACCAACAACUCUCUCUAGUCUAAGAUCAACUCACCAUCAUCAUGUCCGCCCGCCUCUCUACUGCUUUCUGUGUUCUCCUUAGCUUGACGGCCCUUCUGGGCGUCAACGCUGGAGUAGUCCCAAUUGCUCGCGACGUAGAAGUAGGCAGCUAUGGUACAUCAGCACUUUAUGCAAUCAUAAGAGAUACAGAACUUGACAAGCGUGUCGUGGCGCGAGAGACUGAGCUGACAUCGAGGUUUGAUAUAAAGAGGGACACGGAGCUGGAGCAGACGUCCGAGUAUGUAUGGGGACAGAACUAAAGUGAAUCUAGGCGAGAGUGGGACAGAGCGAGCUAGUAAGAACGAAUAAUCUCA